AUGCCGCUUCGAGACACAGAUCAUCUUUCUGGCUUCGGCCACCACGAGACUGCAGGCUCCGACCGGAACUGUGAUACCUCUAGAAGCAGCAAACCCAUCGAGUCUUCAAAGCGUCCACCAACUCAUGCUUCUCAAGCCUGCAACAUCUGGAGGAAGAUUGAGCGUAUGACGGAAUAUGGCUCCAUUCUCCUGGAUGGGUCUGACCUUGAUGUGGCUUCGGUGAUUGCAGUCGCGAAGCAUAACUGCGAUGCUUAUGUUGCAAAAAGAGAGGAUAUUGCAGAGGGGAUGAAUAAAAGUGUUGCGUUACUUGAAGAGUAUCUCGCCAAGGGCUACUUUGUUUAUGGUGUCAAUACAGGCUUCGGUGGAAGCGCUGAUACUCGUACAAAAGACCUGCCAGCUCUGCAGUCGGCAUUAUUGCAGCUCACCCAGGCGGGAAUAUUAACUGACGAAGAUACAAACGGGAAUAGACUCAACACAAUGCCCGUCACCUGGGUUCGAGCCGCCAUGCUGAUUCGCUGCAACACACUGCUUCGAGGCCAUUCAGGUGUGCGUCUAGAGCUCGUUCAAGCCCUCCUUCUCCUCCUGCGAAAGGGCAUGACACCCAUCGUUCCCCUACGCGGGUCUAUAUCUGCAUCUGGUGACUUGAUCCCUCUUUCAUAUAUUGCCGGUAUGCUUGAGGGUAACCCAGACGUCCGUGUCCGUACAAGCACUUCAUCCGUUCUAUCUGCAGACAAAGCUCUUGACCUCGCUGGUCUAGAGCCAAUCACCCUUGGGCCCAAGGAAGGUCUUGGGCUAGUCAAUGGUACAGCUCCUUCAGCUGCGUUGGGCUGCCUGGCCGUACAUGAGGCGAAUAAGAUCUUGCUACUAGCUCAAGGUCUCGUUGCCAUGUCAUGUGAGGCCUUACUAGGAAAGGCAGAGAACUAUCAUCCCUUCAUUUCUUCCGUCUGCCCUCAUCCUGGACAGGUCGAAUGUUCUGCAACCAUUUUGCACUUUCUCGAAGGGUCUUCACUUGUUCAACGGACCAAGGAGGAGGAUAAGCUUAAGCCCGGUCUUGCUCAAGAUAGAUACGCUCUGCGAGGAGCUCCACAGUGGCUUGGCCCUCAGGUUGAGGAUAUCUGCGCUGUCGUAUCUCAGAUCACGGUGGAACUUAACUCGACAUCCGAUAACCCCAUCAUCGAUGUCAACUGCGGUGAGGUUUACUCGGGCGCCAACUUCAUAUCUAGCUCGGUUGCGAACGGAAUGGAAAAGACCCGCCUAGCUCUUCAGAUGGUUGGAAAACUUCUCUUCAGCCUCUCCUCCGAACUCAUCAACCCUACUACGAACAGGGGCCUCACCCCAAACCUUGUCGCCGACGACCCCAGUUUGUCCUUCACCAUGAAAGGUAUCGACAUCAGCAUGGCCGCUUACCUGUCAGAGCUUGGAUAUCUCGCCAACCCUGUGACUCCUCAUGUCCAGUCUGCAGAGAUGCACAACCAGUCGAUCAACUCUCUUGCGCUGAUCUCAGGAAGAUAUACUCUUCAAGCUGCUGACAUUGUCACGCAAAUGUGCGCUGCGCAUCUUUUCGCUGUUUGUCAGGCGUUGGACUUGCGAGUUCUUCACAUGACGUAUCUAAAAUGUGUGAGAAACGAGUUGGCCUCUAUAGUUCAACCGUUCCUCAAUGGAAUUGAGGAUAAGGUAGCCCACGGGAUUUAUGAGAGCCUCCAUGAGACUAUUUGCAAAUCCUGGGAUGCUUCUGCGUGUUACGAUCUCAAAGAUCGAUGCAAGACUCUGUCCAAAGAAACAGUGUCGGUCCUUCGUGAGCAUCUUGAGGAGCACGAGAUGAACAUUGUAUCCACACGGUCACUACAGAGAGAUCUGGAGAGUUUGGCAUAUUCGAUAUUUACUCAGUCACGGAGCGACUUCUUCGUCAAGCCUCUUACGAAGCAGCACCUCGGCCAUGCUUCUCUACGAUUAUACUCAUUUGUAAGAGAUGAACUGGGCGUGCCGUUCCAUCAAGGCUUGGUUGAGCAUCCUGGCAGAAGUCUUGGGGAAAAGAUCAAUGGGCGAGAGAAAAGGACCAUUGGGUCUUGGGUUUCAAUCAUCUAUACCGCCCUGAAGAAUGACCAGGUCUGGGGUCCUUUGGUUGAUGCAGUAGGGGGCAAGACGUGA